AUGUUGAGCUUUUUCGAACAUCCCUGUGGCACGAUUUCCACCAUCGCCCAUAUCAUCCAGUGCAUCAGUUCAAUCGUCGUGCUCGGAAUCACUGCCUGGGCAGUCGUCAACACGAAGACGUUGACUGUGAUUUUUUCAUUGGUCAUUUCCAUCCUAACUCCCAUCAUCAACGCCAUAGUCCUAAGCACAAGCUGCUUCGCCAAUCGUCGUAGAUGGCAUGUCCUCCCUCUACUCUUUUCCGACGUGGUAAUUUCAUAUCUCUGGCUCACAUCGUUCAUUUUCCUGGCCUUGGAGUUCAACCACGUUAGUUGCAGCGUACAUCGCUGGAACGGCGAGGUAGUCUGUAGCCGGAAGUAUGCUGCCGAGGCAUUCAGUUUCAUUGCAUUCUUCACGUCGAUGUCCGCUCUCGUGUUUGAAGUCUUGUAUCUCUACUACCCAAAAGAAGCCUCGCAACCUAUGGAGCAGAGAGUCCAGGACGAGAGACUGCAUGACAAUCUGCAAACAGCCGGAGUGAUUCAUUGA